CCGUGAUAUUUGACCAUGUCGAGACCAUGCUGUUUUCACCAUAGUUCUGACUGACUAAACCUCGGUAAUCCAGAAACAUCAAACAAUGAGUUCAACGCAGGAGUCGGAUGGAAAUUUUCGGUCAUUAUUUGGUGGUUCAAAAUGGAAAAUAGCUCUUUAUGUUGGUGUGCCAUUAUUAGGAGUUGGAGUUGUUUGUACGAUGUUGUGGAUUAGACGUUCUGCUCAAGAUUCAAGUCAAUCAACUUUUGAGCAACAGGACGAUGACGUAACUGAAGUAGAAGAAGAACUAGAGAUGAGCCCAGCUGAACUGGCACAAAAAUCAAAAAUUAAAGGCAAUGAACUAUUUAAGGCUAAUAAAUUUAAAGAAGCCAUUGAAUCAUACACCGAGGCUAUAGCAAUAUGCCCUGAAGAAAAUAAAGCUGAGCUGGCUAUUUACUAUCAAAAUAGAGCUGCUGCAUAUGAGCAACUAAAAGAAUAUGAUAAAGUUAUCUUGGAUUGUCAGAAAGCUUUACAGUACAAUAAAAGAUACACAAAAGCCUACUGGCGAAGAGCAAAAGUUUAUGAAAAGUUGGAUCAAAAACAAAAUUCUUUGCAAGACUUGACAGCUGUAUCGAUGAUUGAAGGCUUGCAAAAUUCUUCAUGGAUGGUGCAAAUGGAUGAAAUAUUAAAAAACAUUGGGACAGAAAUGGCUCGUGAAAAUUUCAAAAACCGUGUAAAUGUUUUACCAUCAAAGGUUUUCAUUAAAGCUUAUCUUGAUUCAUUUUGUGAAGACACUCUCCUAACAUUGGGUGAAAAAGAUGAUGUUGAAUCAAAUUUUUAUCUACAAGCAGUCAGAGAAGUGCUUGAUGGAAAAUUUGAAAACAUUGUCACAUUAUGCACAUCGGAAAUUGAUGAAUCUGCACCAAAUGAAAACUUUGCAAAAGCACUGUGUUUACGAGGAACUAUGUUUACCUUAAUGUCAAUGCAUACUGAAGCUUUACAAGAUUUCGAUCGACUUAUAAAUUCAGAAGAAGCCUCAAUUAAGGUUAAGGUUAAUGCACUAAUAAAACGAGCUAGCAUCAAGGUGCAUACAACUCAAAAUACGCAAAAUGCGUAUGCAGAUUUUGAUGAAGCAAUCAAACUUGAUCCUGAAAAUUGCGACAUUUUUCAUCAUAGAGGACAGAUAAACGCUUUGACUGAAAAGAUGCAAGAGGCAAAGGAUGAUUUUGAAAGAUGUGCUGAGUUAAAUCCUUCAUUUGUUCCUGCCAAAGUUCAACUUGCAUUUUGUAUUUAUAAAACAGCUUUAAUGCAACAGUCAGCCUUAUUAAUCCAAGGAGCUAGACGAAUGUUUGACGAUAUUAUUUCAUCUCAUCCUAAACAUGCAGAUGCUUAUAGUUUAUUUGCUCAGUUAAAUCAGGAAAUGCAAGACUUUGAAGCUGCUGAGAAGAACUUUGACACAGCUAUUUCACUUGAGCCAAACAACCCAGUUCAUUAUGUUUAUAAAGCGUUAUUAAUUUGCCAAUGGAAAAAAGAUAUCGAAAAGGCAACAGAUCUUUUGAAGAAAGCAGUUGUUCUGGACCCAAAGUGUGAUUUUGCUUUUGAAACUCUGGCAACAUUACAAGUUCAAAGCGGAGACUUUAAAGAAGCCAUCAGUAAUUUUGACAAAGCCCUAGCAUUGGUAAGAAAUGAAACAGAAAUGGCUCAUACCUAUUCAAUACGACAAGCUGCACUAGCUCAGGAAUAUGUUACGAAAGAAAUUGGUUUGACACCACCAAGAAUGUUCUGAUAUAGCAAAACCAGUUGAUAUAACAUCAUCAAGGUUGGGUUUUAUUGCGAAAUAAAUUCACCAUUAUUCCACUUUUUCUGUCAUACAAUGUGAGUUAUAACAUGAAACAUACUCAAAUAAAAAGUUCAUGUUUGACUCAAUAUUUUAUUUGGAAUAUACUUCAUAUUAUAUACUACAUAAAAUUGUCAGCUGGUAAUGGACAAUGUGAGUUAAUAGUCACCUUAUAUUAACAUGAAAGUUUGAUUUAUUUUUCAGUUGGUUAGUUGUGUUUCACACGCCAGCUUUAUAGUAGAUAUGAAAUUGACGUAGAUAUGAAAUCAUGGUGGUGUGUAAAAAAGGCUACUUUUAGUAAGCACUUCUCUGAAUCGUAUUUUAAUUUUUUUUUAUUCCGUA